AUACCUUCAAUCCCCUAGAUUCUCAAAUUGCUACAUAAGCAGGCUGAUAUUGAUAAACAUCAAGAAUUACAUGGAGAAUCCGAAUACUUGCAUAGACGGCUACUGAGUACCUAGCUCUACGCCAUAGGGCAUCAUCACCUACCUAUACGCUGAUAUUUUAUGGUGGAUGCCUGCGUCCGUGUGUUUGGGGGAACUAUCUUCUUCGUUGCCCCAGCUUCUCUGCGAUUUACACCCUUGCCUUCGUAACCCCGCGGAGACCUAAGGAUUCGCUCUCGUAGUUGCCGCCAUGUACAAAGGGACAUCCGCGGACCAGUUCUUCCAGACCGACGCCGACCAGGCCAAGCGAGAAAGGCGAGCGACGAAAGCAGGCAACAAGCACGGCAACCCCAUUGCACUCAAGUCGAAGCUGUUGGCCGCCGUGCCAGACCCCACCUGCCCAUCCUCUAUUCUCAUUGCUGAGUCUGCCGGGUCGGUUCGUAAAGUAAAUGUGGAUACAGGGGAUACGCGGCAAGCGUUCCGGGGCCCGUCCGCGCCGGUAACCUGCGUUACUGUCGGUGGUGCGGACAAUAAAACGCUCUUCGCCGGCUCUUGGGACAGAGAUGUCUGGUCCUGGGAUUUGACGUCGAAGACGCCGGGUUUCAAGUACAGCGGCCACACAGAUUUUGUGAAGGCUCUCGUGGCUACCAAGCUCAAAGGUAAGGAUAUCCUCAUCAGCGGCGGUGCGGACAAGAAGAUCAUAGUCUGGGAUGUCGAAACGGGCACCCGGCUCUACGUGCUGCAAGACCAGACGGUGUCGAUGAUGGCUAUCCAAGAUCUGGUCAUCGACCCAGUGCAGUCAGGACCCGACGAAAUCGUACUCGUCAGUGCCAGCAGCGAUCCCCACAUCCGUCGAUGGCGCAUCCGAUCCGAUGGGUUUGAGCAAGUCAAGGAGACAUCGCCAGACGAGCCUGGCGCUAUGCGUCACGCGAUCUUAGAGCACGACACUACGGUAUACAAAGUCGUGUUCGACCACGAAGGUGAAGAGGUCGACCUGUGGACAUCUAGUGGCGACGGCACGGCAAAAUGUUUAUCACGGCUCAGAGGGUUCGCUACCGGCGAUUCCAUCCGUCAUGGCGACCAUGUACGGGCAGUUGCUGUGACAGAUCAGUGGGUGAUAACUGCAGGGAGAGACGAGGACGUGAAAGUGUGGGAUCGCUCGUCGGGGAAGCUGUAUUGCACUCUGGAGGGCCAUUACGACGAGGUUACCGAUCUCAUCGUCCUCGAUAAGGGCAAAAGAGUCGCCUCGGUGUCUAUCGAUGGAACCGUACGGACCUGGCCGCUUGACCAAGCCGGCCUUAGCAAGAUCAACCAGGAAAGAGAAGAUAGGGCCAAGAACGCUGCAAAGGAGGACCCACCAGCACCAACGAAGAGUCUCAUGACCGCGGAGGAGGAGGCCGAGCUUGCUGCCUUGAUGGAGGAGGAUGAUUAACUUACUCCUGGAAUGGUUUCCGGUAGCCGGCUAAGUACCUGAGGCAUUGAAACCCUCACCAGAACUG